UCAUGUUCCUGUGACGUGAUGAUGUCAUGCGGCCUGGGUUAGAGAGGAGGAAGCAGAGAAAACAACAACAGUCCUGUUGGGUCAGUGACAGAUAGAAGCCGCACUGAGGUGACCCGUCUAUACUAGCAGUCAAAAUCAGUCUAAUAUCACUCCUUGCUGUCGUCCCGAGGGCAAGAUGUCUUUGUUUGGGAAGUUGUUUGGUAGCAGUGGAAAAGGGGGCAAAUCUCCAAGCCCCCAAGAGGCUAUCCAGCGACUGCGAGAAACAGAAGAAAUGUUGACCAAGAAACAAGAAUUCCUGGAGAAGAAGAUUGAACAGGAGCUUGUAACGGCCAAGAGAAACGGCACGAAGAACAAAAGAGCUGCAUUGCAGGCACUGAAGCGUAAGAAGCGCUAUGAGAAGCAGUUAGCUCAGAUUGAUGGCACUCUUUCCACCAUCGAGUUCCAGCGGGAGGCGCUAGAGAACGCUCACACCAACACCGAGGUCAUCAAGAAUAUGGGCCUUGCUGCUAAGGCCAUGAAAGCUGCCCAUGACAACAUGGACAUUGACAAAGUGGACGAACUCAUGCAGGACAUCACAGAACAGCAGGAGCUGGCGCAAGAAAUUUCAGACGCAAUCUCAAAGCCUGUCGGGUUUGGGGAGGAAUUUGAUGAGGAUGAGCUGUUAGCAGAACUAGAGGAGCUGGAGCAGGAAGAGUUGGAUAAGCACCUCCUGGAGAUCGGAGACAAUGUACCACUGCCAAACGUGCCCUCUACAUCCUUACCUGCCAGACCAGCGAAGAAGAAAGAAGAAGAGGAUGAGGAUGACAUGAAAGACCUGGAGGCUUGGGCUGCCAAUUAAUGCUCCCGAAACCCAUACACACUAUACAAGGCAUAAACCUCACUCCGAUACCUGUUACUAAAGGACCUGGAAGGACUCUUCAGUAUGUUACAGUAUGACGUCUUUGUGUCUAAAGUAGGUUAAUAUAUAUAAACACAUGAGAGGAAAACAAAAACAUAAAUGCAGCUGCUCAAAAAAAUUGCAAAUCUCCGCCAGGCUUACGGUCAACACACUCAUCUAAGCAAGUCUGAGAUUUUGCCUCGUUUCUCCUCAUCUCUGGACUGUUCAGACAUGACAAAAGGCUUGUUGUAGAUCAGUGUUUGUGUGUUCGGCACUCCAUUACCUGUAAAAGUAGUCAUAUAUUUUCAAACGUCCAUCGCAAGGAAUCCUCCGCUUGGUCCGAGAAACCAAUACUCACGGAAACCCUUUGCACGCAGGGGAAAGUGUCUGUUACGAUCUGUCGUGUUUUUGGAGAGAACGUGUGGUAUAUUACGAGUUCAUUUGUUCGCAAGUUCUGUUAAAAGCACUGUAAACCCCGUUUGAAUCUGCGCAUCGAGCGUUUCAGUGCAGGUGCUUCCCACGUACAAUAUCCGCAGCGCCCACGGGACGUCCUAGAUCAGCACUUAGGCUUUACGAGUACAAGUCUUGCUCUCCGUUUCGGGACUGAGGUGGGCAUGAAGGUUUGAAUGCUGCUGCAACUGCAAGGCUUUUACUGUACAUAGCAUCUCUCUUUAAUGGCAUGACGGUUUACGGUCUCCUCACAGCAUGGGAUUCCUAUGUGGAAUAGGUCCUUUCACUCAAGAAACGUGUACUGUAUUUGAGAUAUUUCAGAAAUACUGGCUCAUGAUUCUAAGAUAUCUUUACACUAGAAGUGGUUUCUUGAACUGAGUGUUGUGUUAGGAGAAAAACGACAAGGUUUGUUGUAGAUUGUGGUCUUAUAUUUGAGGUGUGAAUGCAUUCAAACAGAUUUGUACUGACAGGACAGACCGCACAGAUUAUUGUAAUAUCAUGCUUUAUUUUACAGAGUGCACUAUUAUGAUGUUCUGGCAUAAUGGUUUUAUUCAUUUUCCUCUCGUGAGAGUCUAUUAAACUUUUGAGUAUUGAAUAUUGAGAGGUGAGAGAAGCACUAAACACUAACAGUUUAUUUAUCAGACUCGGAUAGUUUCAUUUACGUUGUUAAAUUGUUUGUUUGUCUUUUUGACACUCUCGUUUAUGUUGUCCUCUGCCUUUCAACCUUACAACUACAUUAAAGUUUUGCCAAAUUAACACCUCUCUGGAUUUUUAUUUGCGCAUUAGAUGUUUCUUUCCUUUGUUUGCCUAAUAUUUCUUUAUUUAUGCACUUCACAGCAUCAGCGCUCACCUUGAAGAUCUGGUUUUGUCAAUUGAAUAUUGAACAUGAAUUUGUAGAAAAAGUGUAAAGGCAGGAGGACAGAUAUUUUGCCAGUUUAUUAAAAAAUCCCCACUGGUCCAUUACAAGCAUACAGUCAAUAAUCUUUCAGAGACACCGAUGGAAUAUGUUAUGGUCCUUUUUUGUUUCUUUCUUGCAGUGGAAAGGAAAAUUAAGGCUUUGAAGCAACAUGCUGUCUGUAAUAAUGCAAACUGAUUUGUACAGGAUGUGAAAGACGAAGCUUUAAUACAUUUGUAUGUUUCCAUUAUCUUGUAGGUGCUGGAUUUAUCAUUGAUAUAUCAUUAUCGUUAUAAUCUCACUUAUUAUUGUUAUUAAAAUAUUUUGACUGAGUUUCUGUUGGUCCUGGUACAUGACUU